GAAAAAAGUAAACGAAAACAAUGCGUAGAUACUUAAGUGUUUUCUUUUUUAUUUUAUCUCAUAGUUAAUGAAAAAUUUUAUUAAUUGUAUAUAGUGCUAUUUCAAUUGUAAAAUGACAAAUCAAACGGAUCUUUGCACUCUAAGAGUACUACAUUUACCACCAGGACUUUCAAACGAAAAACGAGAUGAACUUUUCAGGCAUUAUGGAGCAGUUAAAACACGAACAAUACGAAAAUCAGAAAAAUACACAAUCACGUUUGUUGAAUUUCAUAACAAAGAAUUAGCUAAGGAAGCUUUAAUACGACUUCAUCAAUUACCAGUUAAAGGUCGAAGAUUGUCAAUAGAAUUUGCAAAAAGAAAUAUAUCGGUAGAUGAUAACGAUGAUCAAGAAAAUUUGGAAGAAAAUGAUGCUCAGUUAGAACAAUGCAAAGCCAAUUACAAAGAAUUUAUGAAAAAAUUAAAUAAUUGGGCACCACAAAGUUUAUUUAUGCAGCCUAUACCACCUAAUAUAAAGUACAAGUAUCCUCCUGCGACAAAAUGUACAGUUUUGCGAAUAGCCUUACAGUUGCUUAAGGAACCUACAUUUUAUACUCAAGUUUUACAUUUAAUGAACAGAAUGAAUAUACCUCCUCCAUUUGAAGAAUUAGAAGAAAAAUAUCCUAUAAUUAAAGAAAUAUAUGAUGUUGAAAAUCAUAAUUAUUUGUUUAACUUUGCAGAGUCUCCACGUGAUAAAUCAGUUUUUGAAGAGCAAUCAAAUCUGAUCAAGGUAAUUGAACAAAAAGAGGAAGAAGAUGAUCAAGAGGAAUCAGAAUAUGAAUCAGAUAAAGAAAUAAGUAAUAUGUCACAUCACAUAAUACCAGAAAAACGAAAAUUGCCACAAUCUAAAAAACGAAUGAAGAUUCCUAAGUUUAUUAACCCUCUCAAACAGCUAGUAGUUGCAUCUACAAGUCAGAAACAGAGACCCCAAGAUGUGUUUGAGCUACAAACUCGCAAAAAUAAACAGCAGAAAUUGGUAUUGGAGACUCUCAAACCAAGUGUUGAAGAAACCAAAAGUGAGGGAACAUCAUCAUUUAUUGUUAAUCCAACUGGAAAUGUAGAAGGUUUUGGACUGAUCUUCCCAGCUAAGAAAGAUGAAGAAAAAGAAGAGCUAAGAGAAUUUAUUAGCAUAGAAGAAUUAACUAAAAAUAAAAUGUCAAAUUACACUGCAGACAAAGUAUUUGCAAAUUAUAGUCCUGGUAAUCCAUAUUUUAAGUUAUAUAUAAAAAACCUUGACAAACAUGUAGAAGAAAGUGAUUUGCACUACAUUUACCGUCGAUAUGUUAUACCAAGUUCAAGUAAAGAUGAGGCCGAGUACAAUGUUAAGCUCAUGAAAGAUGGAAGAAUGAAAGGUCAGGCGUUUGUCACUCUGCAGAAUACUGAACUAGCGAAAUUAGCACUCCAAGAAACAAAUGGCUACCAUUUGAAAGAUAAACCAAUGGUUGUGCAAUUCUCUAAACCAAAGGAAUAAUAUUUUUAUACAAUAACUGUCAAUACUUUUUGUAUAUAUUUUUAUUCGGCAUCAUCUGCAAAUGUUUGUACAUAUAAAACAUGUUAUAAUAAACAAAUAAUUAUUCUAAGU